AUGGCGGGGAUACCAGAUAGUGCGAAUUCUGAAGCUGGUCAUCGUCUGAUGAUCUGGUGCGUUCCGCGCUCGGGAUCCACUGCUCUGCUGAAGUGCAUAAGCUUCCUACAAGUACCGACGGCGACUAAAGACAGCAGUGAUGGAGUCGCUACCUCCAGCCAUGAAAAGGAAGCUGAUGCGGAUUCAAAGAGUGGUACAGAGGCUUGGUUUGAGCCAUAUAACAUGUCCCGCUAUGUCAGGAUGGCCAACAGGAAGGUACACAAGGAGGAAUUGCCGCCAGAACUCGACGGCAACGAAGAGAAAUACCAUGGCGCCCUCAAGGCAAUGAACUCCAUGUUUCAGAUGGUGCCAGGAGGAGUGAAAAAUCCCAAUCUCUAUUUGAUCUCACUCAAAGGAAUCCAACAAACACUGGAGAAUUCUCAGAGCAAGAUCGUAGUCGUAAAAGACAUGGCAUCUGGUAUCCAUGGUCAUUUCAACUUUAUCCCUACCGGAUUCCGUCACGUAUUCCUCAUCAGGGAUCCGAGACAGGUGUUCCCUUCUCUCCGGAAACUGUUCGUUGGUUUCCUCAAACUUGACGAAGAGGCCAUGGCUAAAGCGGACAUUCAGAAGUUCCACCCUUUCUACACUGCGCAUCACUGGUUUGGAGAGCUUUACGACUUGUGGAAGCACGUGCGGUCGACCUUCGACCCAAACCCCUUGAUCCUGGACACCGCAGAUCUCUUGCGCCAUCCAGAACCAUGCUUGAGGAAGAUCUGUGUGGCGAUUAAUUGGCGUUGA